AAUGGGUCCGAGAAAGAGAGCAUCGAGGAAAAGGAAAUCUGAGGAGGCUUUUGGAGGAGAAAGGGAGAGAGGCGACCCUGAGGGGAAUGAGGCUGAGGAGACAGGAGACAGGAGGAGGAAGAACCGUGGGAAUAAGAAAUACAUUGGAGCUCAUGUGAGCAUUCAAGGUGGGAUAUGGAAAGCAGUGGGGUCCUGCACAGAGAUGGGUGGCAGCAGUUUCGCCCUGUUUCUGGGCUCCCAGCGGUCAUGGAAGAGGCCUGCACUGGACCAGACCGCUGCAGCCAAGUUUAGAGAGCAAUGUUCCCUACAGGAGUAUGACCCGUCUCACAUCCUGCCUCAUGGGUCCUACUUGAUGAACUGUGGAUCUCCUAAAGAGGAUGUGUUUGAGAAGAGCCGGGCCCUGCUGGUGGACGAGCUCAGCCGAUGCAGCCUCCUGGGCCUCAACCUCUACAACUUCCAUCCUGGCUCCUCCCUGGGCUCCAUCACCACUGAGCAGUGUGUGGAGAAGAUAGCAGGAGCCAUUAACCACGCUCACCAGCAAACACCUGCUGUGGUUACAGUGUUGGAGAACAUGAGCGGUCAGGGCAGUACGGUGGGCGGUAAGUUCUCUGAGCUGAGGAGCAUCAUAGACAAAGUGCGUGACCAGACCAGAGUAGGAGUGUGUCUGGAUACCUGUCACGCCUUUGCAGCAGGAUAUGACGUGUCUGCAGAAGGAGGAGUGAAGGCCAUGCUGGACAAGUUUGAUCAGGAAGUGGGACUCGACUAUCUUAAAGCCCUCCAUCUCAAUGACUCCAAAGGUAAACUAGGCUGCAACCUCGAUCGCCAUGAAGACAUUGGUAAAGGUCAUAUAGGAAUCUCUGCUUUCCGAGACAUCGUCAAUGAGCCCAGACUGGACAACAUCCCUCUGAUACUGGAGACACCUGGACGGCCAGGUUUCGAGUAUGCUGAGCAGAUUGAACUUCUGUAUUCCCUCUGUGAGAAAAAAUAGUUAGCACCAUUUCUGAUGAAUUGGCACCGAACCAAUCUCACUUCACACAUCUGCUAAGAGAACUAGACUGUGUUUGUCAAGGACCAAAGUGGAUGGGUGGUGGAGCCAGUUCUCCUUAAAAACACUCAGAGUUUGUUUGGUUGUAAAUCAGUGUGAACAGUU